AUGGCAUCUGUAGCACCUCCCAGACGAUUCAAGGUGGAGCCUAUCGAGACUACUACCUCAAGCUCCAAGGAGCGAAAGAAAGAGUCGGAUGAAUGGACCUCCAAACCUCCAAGGAGGUUCGCUCCUGAGCCAGUUGAGACGACAACCAAAAGCAACCGCAAAACAAAUCGCAAGUUCGCUCCUCAGCCAAUCGAGACCACACAAUCGACGAAUCGUAAAUUCGCACCCGAGCCUAUUGAGACAACACAGAAGAAAGUCCGCCGUUUCGCACCGGAGCCUGUAGAGACAACCACAUCAUCAAGUAAAAACAGUCGCCGGAAGUUCGCUGAGGAGUGGGACGAGAAGACUUCCCCUCGUAGGUUUAAGCCUGAGCCACUAGAGACAACAACAAGAGGCAACAAAAAGCAACCACCCAGCCCAAGGAAGUUUACGCCACAAUUGGUAGAGAGCGCGCAGAGAUCACGCAGAGCAGGCGAUGCCACCCCGGCGCUUCUUCCUUCUGAUAAGACAGAGGCAACACCCGAGUGCAGCGCUAUCAGUGUCAGGAAGGCCCGGAUUUUGGGCAUCUCACCGAUACCACCAAACAACACACCGACUAUAGAUCUUACGCAAAAUCCGCUGUUCUUAGAGAUUCAACGCUCGGAACUGCCUCCAUCGAGACGGAGAUCGUGGUUUUCGUGCUCGCAACACUCGUUCCGUGUUCCAGAUUUGGAGCCCAUCGAAUCCUCUGAAUCAGGAGAGUCGAGCCCUCCGUCACCUUCUACAUCACCUUCAAUAGUCUCCGACCACUCUUUCAUGUACAAGGAAGCUACACGAAGAAGAGAAAGCGUUGACGGCAGUUCUUCUGGGUACGUGCUUGCCCUUGCCGCUAAAGCUGCCGAGAGACAACUGCGCGAACAAGCUAUGGCCGCCUUUCCUAACGACGACUUCCAUGAGCCUGUCGAUCAUUUCAUAGAUCACGAGACAGACGACGGUGAGACGCAAGACAGACGAGGUUCGUCUUACAGCGAAGUCAACUGGGACUUGAAGGCCAUGCGAGAAUACCAGGAUAUGCAGGACUAUGAGAAGCGAAAGCUACAGAGGCAAGCUGUUCAGUCGAAGAAAGAUGCAGAGACCCCGAAACCUGCAUUUAACCCCUUCGGUAACCCAGCUGGAUUCCUUGAUGCAUCGACUGCUAAGAAGAUAGCUCAAGACCGCGAAGUUGAGCCUAUGCGAAAGGGCGCGCGUCCUCCCAUGCUCGGGAAGAACAUAAAGUUCCCGAGGUGCGCCUCUCCCGAGCCAGCACGUUUCGAUCCCACUCAAGGAUGCGAUGCAGUACGCACAGCGAUGUGCUACUUGUCCGAGCAAAGCAAGGCUGCUGAAGACGGAAAGGAGAGUUUGUGGUGUGGCAAAGGCAACGGCAAGCAAACGAGCACGACACCAUCCCUUUGGUCUACUGCCAAUAGCCGAGCGUCCAGUACUCAUGGGUUGUGGGGUGGAAUGUGUGUCAAUGGUGGUGACAAGUCUCCACGGGGACCUACCGGCAUCCUGACACCCAGACACGAGAAGGCAAACCCCACGUCACCAAAUCCAUCUCCAGUUAUGAGCAUGAGUUUGUUGCCACCUACAUCACCAACCUCGUCGACCGACUUUGGCAACGUCGAUGAGAAACUCGCAAUCGAACAGACCAUCGAGGAAGAGUUCGGCGACAAUUUCGUCACUCAGGUCUACAACUACCUGUCGUUAGGUUAUCCGUCUAUGGCGCAGCCUUUUGACCCGGAACUGUCCAAGAUCUCUGGCAUCCCCGUCUCUGAGCUAAGGCAAGAAGACCACCUCGCGAAGUCUCGAGGCUACAUUCGCCUAGGCAAGGACGGCAACCUCAAAGACGCCGAAAUUACAGAAGAGACAUGCACGCGCUGGCGGGCUCUCCGCACCUACAUCCAGGAAUGGGCUAGGCAGCACCCCAAGAUGAGCGAGCAGCCCUCUAUCGAAAGCCAUGGUGUCGCUGUGAGGAAGGGAAGUUGGGGGCUUUAG